AUUUAAAACAGGGUUUGCCCACACUGCAGUUUUCGACCGUAUCCAGCGCUCUGGAUCUCUGCCACGCCGGCAGUACAUUAUACGACGUUGCCGUUAAGAGUUAAGACACGCCACCGGCACCGGAAAUAAUGCACGCCACCACCUCGUUUCCAUCCCUCUUAUUUUUCCUAACGUGGCUCCACAGUACGGGCCAUGACUAAACCCACAGUGCUCCCACCCCGAUCCAAUUUCUCCCAUACCGACGGCGCUUUCCUACAGUUGACAGUCGGCAUCGACGUCACCAUGCCGGCAAGGUCCAAAGUAAAAAAAGGGAAAACUUCAUCGAAAGUCUACGUCAUUGCAGGCUAAUCAAUGCAUGGAAUCCAGGAGCUAACGGCGUGGCGGUCCAAACAGCUGAAUUCACAUGCCUAUAGAAAUUUCUAUCGAUCAGCGGUGAAUGGCAGCUCUCUUGUACGAUCACAAAAAACUACAAUCACGAGAAGGCCGACACAUCUACGUAGGAGAAGCGGCUAGCCGAAAGAAACAAGCCAACCAUCUCUUGAUAGUUUUUAAUGAUGGCUGGUCCCACCGUCUAAACCUACCCAUCUGCCACCAUUCAUUGCUGCUAAGAUGCCAUUAAAACGCCGUCCUCAUCGUCACUAGUUCCCCAGCGAAUGAUAAAUACACGCACCAAAGCCCAAAUCCAGGCUCAGCAAUCCGCUCCGUUUCUUCUCCAAUCUAGACUAUCAGGUAGCCAGAGCAACAUGCCGGUUAAGCCACUGCCACUGUUCCUUAUGUCGGUCAAACUCAGGUAUGUGAAACUUGGCUACUAUUACCUGGCGAACCACAUCUUGACGUUCCUCCUGAUUCCCAUCAUAGUUGCCGCCCUCCUGGAAUUUGCCCGUCUCGACCCCGAACAGAUCCUCUCUUUGUGGAGCUCGCUCCAUUUCGACCAUGUCCAGCUCCUGUGCUUCGGCUUCCUCGCCGUCAUGGUCGCCACUUUCUACUUCAUGUCGCGGCCACGCCCGAUCUACCUCGUCGACUACGCCUGCUUCCGGCCAUCCCAGACUUGCCGUGUGCCGUUCUCCACGUUCAUGGAGCAUGCGCGGCAAAUACCAUUCUUCGACGAGAAGAGCGUCCGGUUCCAGCUGAGGAUCCUCGAAAGGUCCGGCCUCGGCGAGGAGACAUGCCUCCCACCCGCGAACCACUACAUACCCCCACAGGGCAGCAUGGAGGCCUCCCGUGCCGAGGCCAGCCUCGUCAUAUUCUCUGCCGUCGACGAGCUCUUCGCCAAGACCGGUCUGAAUCCCAAGGACAUCGACAUCCUCGUCGUCAACUGCAGUCUCUUCUCGCCGACGCCGUCCCUCUCCGCCAUGGUCAUCAACAAGUACAAGCUCCGGAGCAACAUCGUCAGCUUCAACCUCUCCGGCAUGGGCUGCAGUGCGGGGCUGAUCUCCAUCGACCUCGCGCGGGACCUCCUCCAGGUACGCCGCAACUCGUAUGCCCUCGUGGUGUCGACGGAGAUCAUCACCCCCAACUACUACAUGGGCAAUCGGCGGUCGAUGCUCCUCCCAAACUGCCUCUUUCGCAUGGGCUGCUCCGCGGUGCUCCUCUCGAACCGCCGCCGUGAGCGCGCCCGCGCAAAGUACCGCCUCGUCCGCGUCGUCCGCACGCACAAAGGUGCCGAUGACCGUUCCUACCACUGUGUCUACGAGGAGGAAGACGACGAGUGCAACUCAGGGAUCAAUCUCUCCAAAGACCUGAUGGCUGUCGCCGGCGAUGCGCUCAAGGACAACAUCACCACCAUCGGGCCCCUCGUUCUGCCGGCCUCCGAGCAGCUACGUUUCCUUCUCAGCCUCAUCGGCCGGAAGAUUAUAAAUCCGGCGUUUAAACCAUACAUUCCGGAUUUCAAGCGGGCCUUCGAGCACUUCUGCAUCCAUGCCGGGGGGCGGGCAGUGAUUGACGAGCUGCAGAAGAGCUUGGACCUGUCGGCGGAGCACGUGGAGGCGUCGCGCAUGGCGCUGCACCGCUUCGGCAACACGUCAAGCAGCUCCCUCUGGUACGAGCUCAACUAUAUCGAGGCAAAAGGCCGGAUGCGGCGCGGCGACCGGGUGUGGAUGAUCGGCUUCGGCAGUGGAUUCAAGUGCAACAGCGCGGUGUGGAAGUGCCUCAGGACAAUCACGACGCCGGUGGACGGGCCCUGGUCCAGCUCCAUCCACCGCUAUCCUGUCCACAUCCCGGAGGUGGUGAAGCUGCUGUAGAAUAUUUCUUCCUUCUGUUAAGACGGAUAGAAGCGUUAAUGCUUUCAGGACCAACGUUGCUCGAUUUGUAAUCGAAGAAGGCGGUGUUUGGCUCCAUGAGGGGGCUGAUUAGCAGCAUGUUUAAUUCGCCUGCAGUCACAUCCAUUAUAAAUGUUGUUUGAAUUUAAUUUGUAAUUCUGUAAACUUAUAAUUAAUAUUUGCAAGUUUGAAAGUAAUGUAAUUCUGUUAUUUAA